AUGGGUAGAGUCAUUCGCAACCAGCGAAAGGGUCGCGGCAGCAUCUUCACUGCCAACACCCGCCUCCGAAAGGGUGCCGCCAAGUUCCGAUCUCUCGACUUCGCCGAGCGACAUGGCUACGUCCGGGGCCUCGUAAAGGAGAUCAUCCACGACCCCGGUCGUGGUGCGCCUCUCGCCAAGGUUGUUUUCCGUGAUCCCUACAGGUUCAAGCUCCACACCGAGACCUUCAUUGCCAACGAGGGAAUGUACACUGGUCAAUUCAUCUACGCCGGAAAGAACGCCGCUCUUACCGUCGGAAACGUCCUUCCUCUCGGCGGCAUGCCCGAGGGUACCGUCGUCACGAACGUCGAGGAGAAGAUUGGUGACAGGGGUAGGCUCGCGAGGACCUCCGGCAACUACAUUACCAUUAUCGGCCACAACCCCGAUGAGGGCAAGACCCGCAUCAAGCUCCCCUCUGGUUCCAAGAAGGUCGUCCACAGCUCUUCCCGAGGAAUGAUUGGUAUCGUUGCCGGUGGUGGUCGUACGGAUAAGCCUUUGAUGAAGGCUUCUCGUGCGAAGCAUAAGUAUGCCGUCAAGCGUAACAGCUGGCCCAAGACUCGUGGUGUUGCCAUGAACCCUGUCGACCAUCCUCACGGUGGUGGUAACCAUCAACAUAUCGGUAAGGCUUCGACAAUUUCGCGAUACGCUUCCCAGGGACAGAAGGCCGGUCUUAUUGCGGCCAGGAGGACGGGUCUGCUCCGCGGUACCCAGAAGACGAAGGAUUAA